AUGUUUCCUCGAGCCUCCUCCCCAUUUCUCGCUCAAGCAAACUUCUCGUCGCCUAACGAAACUGUCAUUGUCUCCGCGGUCCGAACGCCUGUAGGGUCAUUCCAAGGUGUCCUCAAAGACUUUAGUGCUCCAGAACUUGGUACCAUUGCUGCGAAGGGUGCUAUCUCCGCCGCGGGCAUCAAACCAGAAGACGUAGAGGAAGUUUACUUCGGUAACGUUCUUCAAGCUGGUUUGGUGGUUCUCGGUGCCGGCAUGCCCACCUCGACCGAGGCAACGACCAUCAAUAAGGUCUGUGCGAGCGGAUUGAAGUCCAUUACCCUCGCUAGCCAGGCGAUUCAGCUUGGCCAUCGCGAUGUCCUGCUCGUCGGUGGCAUGGAGAGCAUGAGCAAAGUGCCAUAUUACGUGCCUCGCGUCAAUCCUUCGUUCGGGCACAUCCAGGCGACCGAUGGGUUAUUGAAAGAUGGGCUUUGGGAUGUGUACAAUGACUUCCACAUGGGUAACUGUGCCGAGAACGCUGCUGCUAAGCAUGGUAUCACUCGAGAGGAUCAGGAUGGACACGCCAUCGAGUCUUACAAGCGUGCUGCGAAGGCGUACGAAGCGAAGGCCUUCGAGAAGGAGAUUGUCCCUGUUACUAUUAAGGACAAGAAGGGUAAGGAGACGGUCAUUGCUGAGGAUGAGGAGUACAAGAAGAAAGAUGGAACUGUCACCGCAGCCAAUGCCUCAAACCUGAAUGAUGGUGCCUCUGCUUUGGUCCUGACAAGCGCUAGGAGGGCUCAGAGUUGGGAGUUAAGCCAUUGGCACGUAUCAUUUGUAUCCUAUGCCGAUGCUGCUUUACCACCGAUCGAUUUCCCCCUCGCCCCGAGUAUUUCGCUACCUGCUGCUGUCAAGAAAGCUGGCUUGAAGUUGGAGGACAUAUCUGUUUUCGAAAUCAAUGAGGCUUUCAGCGCCGUCAUUCGUGCAAUCGAGAAGAUCCUCAACAUUGACCCUGCAAAAGUCAACCCGAAUGGUGGUGCUGUCGCUCUUGGCCACGCGUUAGGAAGCAGCGGUUCACGUAUUGUCGUCACUCUUGCGCAUGAGCUCAAGCAGGGUGAAUAUGGCGCUGCUGCCAUUUGCAAUGGUGGAGGAGGCUCUUCAGCUAUCGUCAUUCAAAAGUUGUAA